AUGUCACUACAUUCAAUAAAAAGUGAAAACACUAAGGAAAAAAAAGGAAAUUCAAAUAAAUAUAAAAGAUGUUAUGAUUUAUAUGCUGAAAAAAGUGCAACCCAUCCAAUAAAUAAAUAUAAAAUUAAUGAUCAUCCAACAGACCCAGAUCUUUCAAAAAAUUUAAUUUUGGACGAGUUGUUAUUAGAUGGUAAUGCAAAGCAAAAUCUAGCAACAUUCUGUCAAACCGAUGUAGAUAUUAAUAUCCAUACUUUAAUGGACAAAUGUAUUGAUAAAAAUAUGAUUGAUAAGGAUGAAUACCCACAAACUGCUGAAAUAGAGUCAAGAUGUGUUCAUAUGAUUGCCGAUCUAUGGAAUUCCCCAGAUUCAGCAAAUACAAUUGGGUGUUCAACAACUGGUUCAAGUGAGGCAGCAAUGUUGGGUGGCUUAGCUUUGAAAUGGAAAUGGAGAGAACAAAGAAAAAAAGAAGGUAAACCAUGUGAUAGACCAAAUUUAAUCACCGGUCCAGUUCAAAUUUGUUGGCAUAAGUUUGUUUUGUAUUUCGACAUAGAGCUAAGAGAAAUACCAAUGGAAAAUGGCCGUUUGCUAAUGUCACCUGAAGAAGUCCUCAAGCGUUGUGAUGAGAAUACUAUUGGUGUUGUUCCAACUCUAGGUGUAACCUUUACAUUACAGUAUGAAAAUGUUAGAGCCAUUUCAGAUGCAUUAGAUAAAUACCACAAAGAAACUGGUUUAGAUAUCCCAAUUCAUGUAGAUGCCGCUAGCGGUGGUUUCGUUGCACCAUUCAUCACACCAGAUUUAGUUUGGGAUUUUAGAUUACCACGUGUAAAGUCCAUUAAUGCAUCAGGUCAUAAAUAUGGUUUAUCUCCAUUGGGUGUAGGUUGGGUAAUCUGGAGGGGCAAAGAAGAUAUCCACAAAGAUUUAAUUUUCAAUGUUAAUUAUCUUGGUGGUAACAUGCCAACUUUUUCUCUUAACUUUUCGCGUCCAGGUGGUCAAAUAGUUUCUCAAUACUACAACUUUAUACGUCACGGUCGUGAAGGGUAUAGAGCAAUUCAUCAAGCUUGUAUUGACCAUGGUGUUUACAUUGGGGAAGAAAUUAAAAAGAUGGGAAUCUUUGACUUAAUUUAUGAUGGCAAAGGUGCUCUUCCAGGUGUUUGCUGGCUUCUCAAGAAAGACGCUAAAGUCAAAUUUAAUCUCUUCGAUCUUUCAGAUAGAAUGAAAACUCGUGGAUGGCAAAUAGCAUCAUAUACACUCCCCAAAAAUGCAGAGUCUAUGAUCAUCACUCGUGUCUUAAUCCGUCAUGGUUUCAGUCGUGAUAUGGCAUCUCUACUUAUUGAUGACAUAAAACGUUGUUUGGAAUACUUUGAAAAACACCCAUUAGUUAAACCUCUAUCUAAAGAGGAGGGUGAAGGAUUCCACCAUUAA